AUGCAUUGGAAUGACUCAUUCAAUUCCUCAGAAAGUGACAAUGAAGCUCAUUCAGCCUUCACACAGACUGAGCACAACAUAGUCGCAGCUUACUUAAUAACAGCAGGAGUGAUAAGUAUUUUCAGUAACGUUGUUGUGUUAGGCAUCUUUGUGAAGUACAAAGAGCUUCGGACAGCAAACGCAAUUAUUAUCAACUUGGCUUUUACUGAUAUUGGUGUUAGUGGCAUUGGUUACCCCAUGUCUGCUGCCUCAGACCUGCAUGGAAGCUGGAAAUUUGGAUAUACUGGAUGCCAGAUCUAUGCUGCCUUAAAUAUCUUUUUUGGGAUGGCGAGUAUUGGUUUGCUGACUGUUGUUGCCGUUGAUCGUUACCUGACCAUCUGCAGGCCUGAUAUAGGAAGAAGAAUGACCACCCGUAGCUAUGCCACCCUCAUCCUUGCUGCUUGGAUAAAUGCAGUCUUCUGGUCUUCCAUGCCUACUGCAGGCUGGGCCAGCUACUCCCCUGAUCCCACUGGAGCAACGUGCACAGUAAAUUGGAGGAAAAAUGAUGCGUCCUUUAUUUCCUACACAAUGAGUGUAAUUGCUGUUAAUUUUGUUGUGCCCUUAACAGUCAUGUUUUACUGUUAUUACAAUGUUUCCCGGACCAUGAAACAAUAUGCCAGCAGUAACUGCAUGGAGAGCAUUAACAUAGAUUGGUCUGACCAAGUAGAUGUGACAAAGAUGUCUGUUGUGAUGAUUAUAAUGUUCUUGGUGGCAUGGUCUCCAUAUUCUAUUGUGUGUUUGUGGUCUUCCUUUGGAGACCCAAAGAAAAUUUCUCCUGCAAUGGCGAUCAUAGCUCCUCUCUUUGCAAAAUCUUCCACAUUCUAUAAUCCCUGCAUUUAUGUCAUUGCAAACAAAAAGUUUCGGAGGGCAAUCCUGGCAAUGGUGCGAUGUCAGACAAGACAAGAGAUAACCAUAAACAAUGCUUUGCCCAUGAGUGUAUCUCAAAGAGCACUGACAUCACAGAACUCCAGUCAUUUGCCUGCCUAAGUACAUGGAAAGGAUGUGAAAUCUGAGCUCAAGUUCAUUAUUUGAAUAAUAAUCUUUCCCAGCUAACUGUUUUGUGUUAGUCACAUUAAUUUUUUUAGA